CCGAACCGGCCCCGGACCGGCCCCGAGCCCGGGCUGCCCCCGCGCCGCCCCCGCACACUCCGGCACCGGGGCGGACCGGGCGCUCCCGGCAGGUUCCGACCCGGUCCUGAGCCCGGGAGUAUCCAGGGAAAACCCCAAGGAUUCACCACAUUCCCUCUUUUCUGUGGUUCACAGCCCUCAGCCCGCGGUGCCGGCCGGGGAUGCUCCUGCCAUGAGGAGGUGCUGCGAGGGCGUGGGGCUGCCAUGCCUGUUUAAGGGCGUGGGAAUGGCCGGCGCCCGGCCGCCCCGGUUCCUGCUGGUGUUCGACUUCGACGAGACCAUCGUGGACGAGAACAGCGACGACUCCGUGGUGCGGGGCCGGGCGCUGCCGGAGCAGCUCCGCCAGAGCCCCCGCGAGGGCUCCUACAACGAGCACAUGCAGCGUGUGCUGGCCUUCCUGGGCGAGCAGGGCCUGCGCGCCGCCGACUUCAGGGCCGUCUACGAGAACAUCCCGCUGUCCCCCGGCAUGGCCGAGCUCUUCCAGUUCCUCUCCAAGCACCACGAGCUCUUCGAGGUCAUCCUCAUCUCCGACGCCAACAUGUUCGGCAUCGAGGCCAAGCUGCGGGCGGCCGGCGUGCGCUCGCUGUUCCGCAAGAUCUUCAGCAACCCGGCCAGCUUCGACCGCCGGGGCUUCCUCACGCUGGGGCCCUACCACAGCCACAAGUGCCUUCAGUGCCCGGCCAACAUGUGCAAGAGGAAGAUCCUCACGGAAUACCUGGCGGAGAGGGCGCAGGAGGAGGUGGAGUUCCAGCGCGUCUUCUACGUGGGGGACGGAGCCAACGAUUUCUGCCCCUCCGAGACUCUGACGGCGGCGGACGUGGCGUUCCCGAGGAAGGGCUACCCCAUGCACAGGAUGAUCCAGGAGAUCCAGGAGAAGCAGCCUGGAGCCUUCCGGGCCGCCGUGGUCCCGUGGGAGUCGGCCACGGAGGUGGCGCGGUACCUGCAGGAGCUGCUCAAGAGGAAGUGCUGAGGGCGGCUCCGAGGGCUCCGCGCCCCGCACGCGGCUGGGAAGGGGAGCCCGGGGCUCACGGCCCCCCGCGCACGCACUGCUCGCUUGGCCCCGCUCCUGGGAUGUUUCCCUGCCUUUCCCAGCUCCUUUCCCUGGUGAAUAAAGCACUUUCUGCCGGCCCCUCUCCCUGCCCUGCCGCGGGGUGACGGAGCCGCGGCCACGGCCGCACCCUGCGCCCUUUGCCAGCACCGAUGGGGAUUUUUUGGUGGAGUUGUUGCUUCCUUUCCCUUCUGACCUCAAAAGAGAAUUCCUAAAAAUCCAGAAGCCGGUUUUCCCUGUGGGCUGGGCACAUCCUUCCUCCUGCCCCCGGCCUGGCUGCCCUCCUGGCCACGUGAGGAGCUUGCCCCGGGCUCCUUCCCCCUUCCUGAGCCCACCGGGAAUUCGGUCUGGGAAAUCCCGGCUCCCUGGCCCUCCACACCCCACCCUGCGGGCAGCCGAGCCCUUCACUGGGGUUCACUGUCCCCUGGCACUUGAUUCUCUGGAUAAAACGUGCCCGGAGCAUCGGGAAAGCUUUGGAAAGGUGGCAGAGCCUCUCCCACCCGCUGGCACAGGAACCACAUCCCGCUGUGAGGAGCAGGACCUCGCCUCGCCACUUCCAUCCCUGCUCCUCUCCCGGGCUCAGGUGUCCCCGUGUCCCCGGCAGGUCCCUCCCUGCCCCGAGCCCUUUCCAGGCGUGUCCCCGUCCUUGCUGGAUCGUGUGAGGCCCCUCCUACCCCAGGGAGGGACAAUCGCCCCUGAGCUGGGCCCCCCCGGGAGGUUCUGUGGCACUUCUGGCACCGGCUCCCCAGAGGCCAAAUCCCCCCGUCCACAUCCCCCCUCCCCACUGCAGUAUUAAUUACCCCUUCUAAUUGCACUCUGCAGGGGGGACCUGCAGGAUCCGCUGCUCUCUGGUGUUGGCUUCUCCUGGAUUUAUCCACAGCCUUACCAGCCCCCGAGGGUGGCUCCAAGUCCUCCAAACCCUUGGAACCCAAACCCCCAGCAGGAAAUAACCAAAGCAGCCCUGAGUUGUUCCUCCUCUGUCCCAUCCCCUCUCCUUUGUUCUUCCUCCUCCGGACCCCGUUGGACUGUGUGGAACUCAAAGCCAUGGAAUUAAAGAUACAGAUGGACGUA